AUGGCAACAGCGUCGCGUACGAGUGUAGCACUUCCCGAGAUCUUUUCAGACGGCGAUAUGGUUCUGUGGCUACGAAAAUUUGAGCUUUGUGCGAAGGCGAACGAUUGGAAAGAUACAGAUAUGUUAAAAAGGUUGCCAACUCUGUUGUCUGGCAAAGCUUUUGCGAUCUUCGAGCGUCUUGCGGCGGAGACGAAAGAAGAUUUUAAAGUACUAACGAAAGCGCUAACGGAGGCUUUUGGUGGCGAUGAGAACGGCAAACAUCUCGCGAUGAUGGCAUUUCGCAGCCGAAUGAGAAAGCCAGACGAAGACAUCCAAGUAUUCGCCUACAAUUUAGAAGCGCUAUUAAGACGCGCGAUGCCAAACAUCGAGAAGGGCGACAGAGAAACACUUCUCAAGCAACAAUUUGUCGAAGGAGUGUCUAUAGAACUAAAGAGACAAUUAUUACAACGAAUGCUGUUCUUAGGGUUUGUAAUCCAAGUGAGUAUAUAUAUACAUUUUAAGACCUGACCAGGAACGACUGCGAAAAAUGCAGCACAAGGUCCUCUGGUAGGAAUUGAACCUACGGUUCAAUGGGCCGUAGGUUCAGGUUCAGGUGCAGGGCCAUAGGUUCAGGUGCAGGGCCGUAGGUUCAAUUCCUACCAGAGGACCUUGUGCUGCAUUUUUCGCUGUCGUUCCUGGUCAGGUCUUAAAAUGUAUAUAUAUACUCACUUGGAUUACAAACCCUAAGAACAGCAUUCAAAUAUUAAUACCACCAAGUGAAGUGCAAGAAACCAGAUCUUUGAAGUCCAAAUUAUUACAACGACCGACCCUCUCGUACGAGGAGACAGUUACGGCGGGGCAACAGCUGGAUUUAGCGGGUCAGAUUUCAUCGAGUCAAUCGGUUAACGAAGUGAAUACGAGUGGUGGCACGCAUCAAACCGUAGUAGAGUCGCCCUUGGUUAUGCAAUUGAUGGAAAGUGUAGAUAUUCUUACGAGGAAGGUUAGUGAAUUAUCUCAAUCUGUUGCUAACGUAAACGCAGCGUCUGUGCGAAAUUCCCCCGUGGGGCGCCGGGGCCCUUGUUAUCAAUGUGGGCGAAUGGGUCACAUCGCCAGCGAAUGUAGGAGUACGUCCGGGAACGGGCGACGAAUGAAUCAGUAUCGACAGCGCCAAACUGAAAAUUACUGCUUUGUUUGUGGACAGAUGGGGCAUUUCGCGCGGGAAUGCCAGUUUCGAUUCCAGUCCUCCAUUAAUAGCCAACCACGUCAGGGAAACGACCAGGGGCCGACCCGUUUCUAGGCCGGGGGUCAGCCCAGGAUAAUGCGGCCUUGCCCAUAAACUGUGUUCAGCCCACGGCAGUCUUCGUAAAGGCACGAUUGGGCGAACAUGAGCGAAAAUGUUUAGUGGACACAGGUGCAACGGUGUCGUUAGUCAGCAGAGAAUUCAUUAGUGGACCCUUAAAGCCAUGUUCUUUGAGGGCAAGAGGGAUUGGCGGGGAGGACCUACAUGUGUUGGGAUCAACGGACUUGCAUGUUUGCCUUGGGAUGUCAAAGGUCUCCCAUCAGUUUCUGGUCGUGGGUAUUAGAAACACUUUUUGGGUGCUGAUUUCUUAAAAUCGGGGGGAAUGGUUGUGGACAUAGCGAACUCGAAGCUUUCGUGGAAGACAGGGGAAGCAGAAUUAAUCGUUGAGACAACUUCCCCAACUGUGAACAAGCUAAGUGUACUGCUCGAAAGUUAUUCAGACAUUUUUGUAAACGGGCCGAGCGAUCCCUUAGGCUUAACUACCAGUGCGGAACACGCGAUUGAUACAGGGGAUAGUCGCCCAGUGAAGCAAAGGCCCUAUCGGAUUCCCGUUCAUCUCAACAAAGUGGUGAACAAUCAGGUAAAUGAUAUGUUAGACAGAGGUUUAAUUCAACCUAGUAACAGUCCUUGGUCCUCGCCAAUCGUGCUAGCUCCGAAGAAAGACGGUGAUUACCGGUUUUGCGUUGACUUUCGACGUGUUAACUCCGUAACAAAGAAGGACGCUCAGCCAAUGCCCCGUAUCGACGACAUUCUAGACCAGUUGGGGGUGCACAUUACUUCAGUACCCUAGAUCUCGCUUCCGGGUAUUGGCAGGUACCGUUAAGAGAGGAAGAUAGGGAGAAGACUGCAUUUUCGGUGGGAGUAGACCACUACGAAUUCACGGUGAUGCCUUUCGGUUUAACCAACGGUUCCGCCACGUUUCAGCGCAUGAUGGGGAACGUCUUGAAGGGGAUAAAGGGGUGCCUUGUUUUCAUCGACGACAUAAUCAUCUUUUCCGAGACGUGGGAGGAACACCAGCUAAUUUUGAAAGAAGUAUUUAGUCGUAUUCGCGCUGCGGGGUUGAAAGUAAAGCGGGAAAAGUGCCAGUUCGCGCAAGAGUCAGUUAAGUUUCUUGGGCAUGUCGUAUCGGCGCGAGGGACCGAGCCUGACCCAUCGAAGGUUGAGGCGGUGCGAGACUUUGCAACCCCAUCUUCCCUUACCGAGGUUCGUGCAUUCAUCGGUAUGGCAUCUUACUAUCGAAGAUUUAUAAAGAAUUUCGCGGACAUCGCCACGCCCCUGCAUGACAUGACUAAAGGUAGUCAGCCAGAGUUCAACUGGACGCCGUUAGCGGACAAGUCGUUCAAUGAGCUUAAGAACCGUCUGUGUACAGCACCAAUCCUAUCUUUGCCGGACUUUUCAGUUCCUUUCAUUAUAUAUACGGAUGCCAGCGAUUACGGACUCGGUGCCGUCUUGUCGCAACGAAUAGGUGAACAUGAAUGUGUGAUCGCGUACGCCAGUCGAACACUGACGCCAGCAGAAAGAAACUACUCGACGACAGAGAAAGAAUGUUUGGCCAUCGUAUGGACAGUGAACUAUUGGCGGCCAUAUUUGCUCGGUAAAGCGUUCGACAUUGUAACGGACCAUCAGAGUUUGACAUGGUUGCAGGGGCUAAAGGAACCUAAAGGCCGUCUUGCUCGGUGGAUACUCGCUUUGCAGGAGUACGAGUUCGAAAUUAAACAUCGACCGGGGAAACAGCACGACAACGCAGAUACACUUUCCAGGUUCCCUCGAGUGUCACCCGCUCUUGUGCCGGAUUGGAGCCCCGAUGAGGACCUGAUGGUCGGAGUAGCAGCCACGGAAGUGAAUGCAUCGUGGCCGAAGGAAGAGAUAAUCAAGGCGCAACAGGACGAUCCAAGCAUUUUCUUGGUAGUGCAGAAGCUACGUUGUACUAACACAGCUCCAAAGAAAGACGAGGAUGGUUGGAAUGAUAACGGAGAGCAACGUCGCUACAAGCAGUUAUGGCCGCAAAUGGAGAUGAGAAACGGUAUCCUACAUCGUCGUGUGGAUAAGGGCGCACCCACAGAGCGGUUGGUGUGGGUGGUCCCACGUAGAAUGCGUCCCGACCUUUUAAAGCUUUCCCAUAACGACCCUUGCUCCGGGCAUAUGGGAGUUAAUCGUUGCCUUGAGCGUCUGCAACAACAAUAUUACUGGCCUGGAAUGGCCUCAGAAGUGCAACUGUGGGUCGCAGAAUGUGAAAUGUGCGACCGCCGCAAGUCUCCAGUGUCGCCCCGUAAAUCACCCAUGCAAAGCAUAGAGGUUGGUCAUCCAAUGGAAUUGUGGGCAAUGGAUAUUUUGGGCCCACUUCCUCUAACUGCACGGGGAAAUCAAUACAUCUUGGUGAUGUCUGACCACUUUACUAAGUGGGUAGAGGCGGUGCUGCUAGCCAACCAAAGAGCCGAUACCGUAGCGAAAGCGUUUGUUGACGAUGCUGUGACUCGACACGGUGUUCCUCGUAAAAUUCUAACAGAUCAAGGGAGGAACUUUGAAGCAGAGCUCAUGCGGCAGGUGUUCCAUCUUCUUGGGGUGGAAAAAUUGCGAACUUCGCCGUAUCACCCACAAACUGAUGGGCAGGUCGAAAGGUUAAACCGGACCUUGAAGGGAAUCCUCACAGCGUACGUGAAUAAAGACCACACUGAUUGGGACGUUCAUUUACCUCUCGCCUUGUUUGCAUACCGCAACAGCGUGCAUUCAUCGUCAGGAGUUUCACCGUUUAGAGCGGUUUAUGGUCGUGAAGCCAGCACACCGUUAGUGCUGAUGGGCACCCAGACAGAGGCAAAGGAGCAGUUUAUCUCGAACUACUGCGAUGAGUUAGAGAAGUCCUUGAAGGACGUGCAACGCUUUGUGCAAGAAAAGAUUAGCGAGGCACAGAGGAAGCAGAAAAAGGGGUACGAUGAUCGCAACAACAUUGACAAAAGCACGCCUUUUAAGGUGGGAGAUCGGGUUUGGCUCAACGACACAGCGGUUCCAAAAGGGCUUAGUCGAAAGUUCCACCUACAGUGGUCCGGGCCUUACGUGGUCCUAAACCGUCUUGGUGGCACAAAUUACCACAUUAAGCCCGAAUCAGGAAAUAGGAAAUCUAAAGUGGUCCACCGCAAUCGUCUGAAAUCAGCUCCUUGCCGACCAAGAGUGGAGGAAGGCAUGUCCACGUGCUCCCCGAAAGAAACCCAACAUACCGCAUUGCAGACCAACGAACCGAUGAUUCAUCAUCAAGAGAAUUUAGUCGUGCAGCCUGCCCACCAAGAGAGGACUAACACGCUACGAAGGUCUACCCGUCAGCGUAGACAACCGGACAGAUAUCAGGACUAUAACCUAGAUGAGGUAGAGAUCGAGGACGCUCUCAAUUAUUCAUUUAAACAUAUUUUGGAAAAUUGAGUUUGCCCCAAGAGCGUACACACUCAUCUAGGGGGCUUACGCUCUCAAUUAGAGAGGGGGAUUGUGUAAUAUGUAUGACUAUAAUAAUAAUAGGUAUCAAGUGUCACAGGGGUGAUUGGCAAGGUAUUAGGACAUUAGUAAUAUGAGACAGGGACAUGAGAAUUGUUAUUGUGUGAUAUUCUAGCGUGUAAAAGAGUAA